AUGGGGAAUUCGGCCUAUCGGGAACAGGAGAAGUACUACGACGGUGAAAGACAGUGGACGACGGCUGGUGCCAACAGGUUUCGAAAGACAAUCCAGCACUGCUUCCAAAUUCCAAUCAAUGCGAAGACAGAACUACCAACGACAUUGCACAAGCCAGAGGGAGGAAAGCAACCGGAGGCUCGAGGAUCGAUCUCAGUCGAGCAGAUGUGCAUGUUAGAAGGAUUACUGAGGCAGCGAACGAAAAUAAGUCGUGAAGCAAACGAGGAAGCACGCGAGGGAACAUUCGAGAAGGCUGACCACCCCGCCUGCUACCUCGCGCCCAUACCAAUUGUUUUGUGUGCAAAUUUCUUGCCUGUAAUUGCUCGCCUUGGCCUUCUAUGUGGUUUGUUUUGCCACUGCUGUGUUUGUUUCAGUGUAUGUGUUCCAUGCAGCCAGGAUGCCACCGUCAUCUUUCAACAUUUGGUGCUGCUGUAUUUCGUAGUAAAAUAA